GCCCAAGGACCGGCCAGGUGAGAGGAAGAGGGGCUGGGCUGCAGGUUGGGCCGGCCGGUUCCUGCAAUAUUGAUGGCCCGUCAGUGCGGCCCUGAUUCCUGUGCUUUCAGUUAAAAGGUUUCUGUUGUUGUAGCUUAUGCCUUUGCUCUGUUGCUAUGGAAACGUGACAUCAAAAUGACGUUUCCCGUUUAAAAGCUUUUAACUAAAUUCCUGCCUGUCAGAUGUAGGCCCCAUUUUGAGCGUGGAGCUGCCUCGAGCGAGCGAGCGAGGGAGCAAGCGCACUGCCUGCGCCCAUGGUGCGCUGGCCGGGCCUGGGGCCUCGCCUGAGCACUGUCCUCCACCCCUCAGGGGCCUCCAGCAUGGCGGCCGCCGACGUGCCCAGCUACCUUGUGUCUCCUCCGACGGAGAAGCACCGGCGGGCCCGCAACUGGACGGACGCCGAGAUGCGUGGCCUCAUGCUCGUCUGGGAGGAGUUCUUCGAGGAGCUCAAACAGACGAAGCGCAACGCCAAGGUAUAUGAGAAGAUGGCCAGUAAGCUCUUCGAGAUGACCGGCGAGCGCCGUCUGGGCGAAGAGAUCAAGAUCAAAAUCACCAACAUGACCUUCCAGUACAGGAAAUUAAAAUGCAUGACAGAUAGCGAGUCCGUCCCACCGGACUGGCCCUAUUACCUAGCCAUUGAUAGGAUUCUGGCCAAGGUCCCCGAGUCCUGUGAGGGCAAACUUCCGGAUGGCCAGCAGCCGGGGCCCUCCACAUCCCAGACCGAGGCGUCUCUGUCGCCGUCCGCUAAGUCUACCCCUCUGUACUUACCGUAUACCCAGUGCUCCUACGAAGGCCGCUUUGAGGACGAUGGCUCCGACAGCUCCUCCAGCUUACUGUCCCUUAAGUUCAGGUCAGAGGAGCGGCCGGUGAAGAAGCGCAAGGUGCAGAGCUGCCACCUGCAGAGGAAGAAGCUGCGGCUCCUGGAGGCCAUGCUGGAGGAGCAGCGCCGGCUGAGCCGUGCCAUGGAGGAGACGUGCCGCGAGGUGCGCCGCGUGCUGGACCAGCAGAACAUCCUGCAGGUGCAGAGUCUGCAGCUGCAGGAGCGCAUGAUGAGCCUGCUCGAGAAGAUCAUCGCCAAGUCCAACGUCUAG